AUGGGUUCUCUCGGUUAUGAAGAAGUUGAGUACGUUCACUACCAUGCCGGCGGAAAGCGGGGUUCUCGCCCUGUUCUUCGAGGAGCGGCGGCGAAGAAGACGUUUGAGUCCAUCCCCGUGAUCGACAUCUCGGGCAUCUUCUCUGACUCUCUCGAGGACCGCAAGAAGGUCGCGAAGGAGGUGGGCCAGGCGUGCCGAGAGGUCGGCUUCUUCUACGCCGAGAACCACAACAUUCCGGACGAGAUUAUCGACCAAACAUUUGCCGCAGUCAAGAAGUUCUUUGAGCUCUCGCACGAGGACAAGAUGGAGGUGCAUAUUCACAAAUCCAAGGCACUUCGCGGCUACGAGCCGCUGUUUGAGACCAAGAUGGAGGGUGCCGGCAAGGGAGACAUGAAAGAGGCCUUCACCAUGGGCGAUGAUGCCACAGAACCCGAGUCGCAGGCGCCCAGCAGCAUCAAACCAACGGCGGUAGAGCGCAGCAACUGCUGGCCCUCGGCGUACCCCGAGUUCCGUCCGGUCAUGUACCAGUAUUUCCGCUCGGUGAUGGCCCUAUCCAAGAAGCUGAUGCAGAUCUUCGCCCUGGCACUCGAUUUGCCCGAGACCUACUUUGACGCCGCCACAUCAUACCCCAUGGGUGGCGUGCGCGUCCUGCACUAUCCACCUCAGCCCGUCCCUGGCGGCGCAGACAUUGGGCUUGGGGCGCAUACCGACUACGACUUCUUCACCCUUGUGCUCCAGGAAUCGGUCGAGGCAUUGCAGGUGCUCAACGCCAACGGCAUCUGGAUUGACGCGCCGCCGCGCCCACGAAGCUAUGUGGUCAACAUCGGCGACUUCCUCAGCCGCAUCACUAACGACAAGUUCAAGUCGACGGUGCACCGCGUCGUUAACAAGAGUGGGAAGGAGCGCUAUUCGAUGCCCUUUUUCUUCAGUCCCAACCGCGAGGCCACUCUCGCCACUGUACCCACCUGCAUUGAGGAGGGUACCAAGUACGAGGAGGUCAAUGCCGGCGAGUACUUCCGCGAGCGCCUCAUUGCCGCCCGCUACCAGCACCCCGCCGCGAAGGAGGUACGCGCCAUGCAGGUCGCCGCUACGGCGUGA